AAGAAUACCAUGCUGCAUUUGGGGAAACUUAACCGAUAUUCUCCAUUCUGCCUGCAACCAAGACGAUGGAAUGGUUACAUUGCUUUUGAGGUUUGCUAAACUUGGAAAGUUUAGAGGAGAACUACAAAUCUCUAAUUCCUUUGAUGCCUCUCGAAUGAUCAUUAACCCGGCAAUACCAGAGGCUGAAGCAUUUAAAGAUAUCGACAAUGGGGAUGACACAACUCUAAUUACAUUUGAAAGUAAUGAGGAGAGUCAAGAGGACAACAACAAGCAAGUAAAUCAUCCACGCAAGCGAGUACAGCGUGAUAAGUGGUUGAUAUUCCCCACUAAGACCAUCCAAGAAAUGGUAGCGUCAACUCAUAGAUCCUACUGGGGGAUUGAUGAAUGGAACGCGACUUCAGAUUACAGAAAUGUAUGACUUCAUGAUAAAGGCCAAAGUUAUUACAGGGGAAAAGGUUGGUCGAACUGUGUUAAUUCCUAGGCUUUCAAUAACUCCUUCAGAUAAAAAGAUGCCAUUCAAGAUGAGGAGGAGACAACUGCCUAUUGGUGUGGCAUUCGCUAUUACCAUCAACAAAAGUCAAGGCCAAACUUUGUCUGAAGUUGGUAUUUAUCUACCAAGGCCUGUUUUCUCUCAUGGACAACUAUAUGUGGCUGUUUCCAGAGUCACUUCUAAGAAAGGCUUGAAGAUAUUGAUUGUUGACAGCGAAGGCAAACCUCAACGUCAAACAAAAAAUGUGGUCUUUAGAGAGAUUUUUGACAAUUUAUGAUUUCAGACAAU